GGGCAGCCGCCCUCGGAGCCUCCCCCGAGCCCGGCCCGGCCCGCCCCUCUCCCUGCCCGGCGGCUCGCAGCCCUCCUCCCCGGAGGAGGAGCGGGAGGCGGGUGGGAAGAUGGCGGCGGCCGCGGGCCCGGCGCAGCCCUGGAGCGCCGAGGAGCUGCGGAGCGAGGCGCUGGCCAAGAAGGAGAUCAUCAAAUUCCUGCAGGAGCACGCGGCGCAGGCGUUCCUGGCGGAGCACAAGCUGCUGGGGCAGGUGAAGAACGUGGCCAAGACGGCGAACAAGGAGCAGCUGAUCGCGGCUUACACGCAGCUCUUCCACACGCAGCGCUUCAAGGGCACGGACGGCGUCGAGAAGGCGGCGGAGAAGGCGAAGCCGGCCAAGGCGGAGGAGGCCAAGGGGAAGGCGGUGAAGGCUGAGGAGGCUGUGGAGGAGGGGCCACCAAAGUACACAAAAUCCAUUUUGAAGAAGGGAGAUAAAACCAACUUCCCAAAGAAGGGAGACACUGUCCACUGCUGGUACACGGGCAAGCUGCAGGAUGGCACAGUCUUCGAUACCAAUAUUCAAUCAAGCUCAAAGAAGAAAAAAGCAGCCAAGCCCUUGAGUUUCAAAGUUGGCGUAGGAAAAGUGAUCCGAGGUUGGGAUGAGGCCCUGCUGACCAUGAGCAAAGGAGAGAAGGCCCAGCUGGAGAUCGAGCCCGAGUGGGGCUACGGCAAGAAGGGGCAGCCCGAUGCCAAGAUCCCACCAAACGCUAAACUCUUCUUUGAAGUGGAGCUGGUGGAUAUUGAAUGAAGAAUUCCCUGUGCUGCUGGGAAUCCAUUCCUGCCAGAGCGCGUCCUGCCGGCCUUGCUGUAACUCCGGCUCCGGUUACAGCGGUGCCUUUGUGGAGAUGAGUGCUGAGUGUUGUCCCCGCCCCGCUGCUGUAGUGACAGCCCCGCCACUAAAGCAGAGUUUGUACCUGCCA